CGCCGCUAGUGUCGAUUGUCGCUGUAGUCGGUAAAUGGACGUUUGAUGUGGUGUAUGUCAAGAUUGUGCUAUUGUGUGUUUACAGUGAUUUAUUGCUUGUAUAUUUAAUCCGAGUUGGAGGAAACACUUUUAAGGAGUAGAUGAAGGUGACAGAAUGUCUCGCAAUAAAGACAAGCAUGAGGGCGCUAGCGCGCGUACCUACCACAUUAUGUCUGAGGCGGAGCGGGCAUCAGGCAGACGCGGGUGCUGGACAACGCUUGAGAUAACAGGAGGUGUGCGCGCUCUAGCGCCCCAACUUUUUCAACUGUCGCACCUCACAGCGUUGUACCUUAACGACAACUCGUUACAACGGAUUCCGCCUGAUAUCAACCAACUGGUCAACCUGCACACUCUCGAUUUGUCCAGCAACAAACUGAGGACACUGCCCGCUGAGUUAGGAGACCUCAUACAACUCAGAGAAUUACACCUGCACAAUAACUACCUGAGAGUACUGCCAUACGAUCUGGGAAAACUCUUUCACCUUCAACUCCUAGGUCUUCAGGGAAACCCGCUGAGUAAGGAGAUGCUAUCAAUAUACAACGACAAUAAUGGGACUGCCAAGCUGCUAACGUACCUACUGGAUAACUUGCAAGUUACCGCCACUCUACCACCUCAGAGACCUUGGAUACCCUUAACGAGACCGAAUAGGAGUCGUCCUACUUGUAUAUUCACGGUGAUGUGCUACAACGUGCUGUGUGACAAAUAUGCGACGAGACAGAUGUACGGAUACUGCCCCAGUUGGGCGCUAGAGUGGGACUAUCGGAAAAAAGGCAUAUUGGACGAGAUACGACAUUAUUCUGCGGACAUCAUCAGCUUACAGGAGGUGGAAACGGAUCAGUUCUACAAUUUCUUUUUACCGGAGUUGAAACAGGACGGCUACGAUGGCAUCUUCUCACCGAAGUCUCGCGCCAAAACUAUGGCGGAGUCUGAGAGGAAAUACGUCGAUGGAUGCGCUAUAUUCUUCAGAUCUGCUAAGUUUUCAUUGGUAAAGGAACACUUAAUCGAAUUCAAUCAGCUGGCUAUGGCGAAUAGCGAAGGCUCAGAUAACAUGUUGAAUCGAGUUAUGCCGAAAGACAAUAUCGGUCUAGCUGCCUUGUUAAAGACCAAAGAGGCGGCGUGGGAGAAUGGUGAGAAUUGUCUACCAACGGAGACAUCGGCGCUUUCGCAACCAAUCCUUGUAUGCACGGCCCACAUUCAUUGGGACCCUGAGUUUUGCGAUGUGAAGUUGAUACAAACAAUGAUGCUGAGCAAUGAACUGAGAUCGAUUUUGGAUGACUCUGCGCGUACGCUGCGAUUGACCGGACAGAAGGACAACGUUCAACUGUUGUUGUGUGGAGAUUUUAAUUCGCUGCCUGAUAGUGGUGUAGUCGAGUUCCUCUCGGCAGGGCGUGUCUCUGCCGACCACCGCGACUUCAAAGCGUUGGCCUACGCGAAUUAUCUCCGCCGAAUGCCGGGUUCAGAUCACGAGUUCACGCACAACUUCAAACUCGCUUCCGCCUACAGCGAGGACAUCAUGCCCUACACUAAUUACACGUACGACUUCAAAGGCAUCAUCGACUAUAUCUUCUACAGCAAGCAGUCGAUGACCCCUCUGGGUCUUCUGGGGCCUCUGUCGCAGGACUGGUUCCGCGAACACAAGGUCGUCGGCUGUCCGCAUCCGCACAUACCUUCAGAUCAUUUCCCUCUACUAGUAGAACUCGAGAUGUGUCCAACGGCGAGCACCAACUCGAACGGACUAAUUGGACGCAGGUAGCACGCAACGCGCCGACAUGCGGCCGCACAUGGCGCCAAUGCCAUCCACAGGAAUCCUACCCUCUAUUUCAAAAAUCAAAACCAAAAGCCGGACAAAAAUCCAGUACAGCCACCGACCCACAACCAGAAAGAUUCAGCUAAAAAUCGUAAACUGGAUGACCAACAUUCAAUUCUGCACCAAACGAUCGACAAGAAUGCAGUUGGUAAUGAAAACCAACCAAUCCGCAAGGAUGCAGUCUACCAGAAGAGUCCAAGAAACCAAACUGAAAAACAUCAGCUAACGAAAAACCAAGUUGACCAUGAACAAUAUGAACACCCUAAAUCUGUUAUCCAAGAAAGAAAGCGACAAAAUAUGAACAGAUAAUACAAUAAAAUUUAUGUAUAUGGAAAAUCAAAAUCGACAUCUAGAACUUGACAGUUCGUCACAUUAGGGUAACGCGGUGUAUAUAUCUUGGAGAUAUAUAUUCUUGACGUUUUAGAAAAUGUAUGAUCAGCAAAACACUUUAGUCUAAUCAAUUUUAGUUCAAUUUGGACUUAGCCGCUUCAUUCAGCUAGGGUGACGAAUUUUUCACAAUGUUUAGAAUCCAAAUCCUUGUUCUAAAACACUAAUAGCGAACAAAAUAUAGGUUUCUCUAUGUAUAGUACUUAUUAAGUAGAAAUUUGUAAUAUCGGUUUGUAGAUGUGCAGAUUUCAUCGGUUUGUGUGCAAUGUCUUUUAAGUUUUCAAAAUCAUAAUGUGUACAUUUCAAAAUAUGAAUGGAAAAUCAUUUUGAAGUACUUAAUAUCGCUAAAUUCAUUUUGGUACCUCCGGAAUUAUACAAAAGACAUAAUACAGUGAUAAAUUUCUUAGUUUCGAUUAGGUAUAUGUAAAAGGUUAACAUUUGUCUCUAUUAAAUACUCAAAUUUAUAUUUUUCUUCGAAAAACAAAAGCUCUUAAAAGAUUCUUCUACAGUUGGAAUGAUUUGUAUCAUAUUCUAAAUCCAGUUGCCAUGGUAACCAACAAACAUGGCGAUAUUCUCCCAUCAUUCUCUGUAAGGUAUGGUGAUGGAAAAUCCAUAUUACGCUACUGUGCAACUAUAGUUUCCAACCAGAAAAAAAUAUUUAUUAGAAUCAGCUCUGUAUUAAUUAAACUUUUCGAUUUAUUUCACCUGCAAAACAUUCAGUUACCAUGGCAGCUGUGCAGUUCGGUUGCCAUAGUAACAAGAUGGUUCCAGUUGCCAUGGUAACCAACAAACAUGGCGAUUUACAACCGCCUCUUUAAUGCUCAGUACUUUACAUUGAUGGAAAGUCGAUAUUUAGCUUUAAGACUAUUGUCUGUGCAAUUAUAGUUUUCAAUUAGAAAAAAAAAAUAUUUUGGCAGAAUCAGCUUCUUGUUAAUGAAAUUUUUAGCUAUAAUUUUAAUUGUCGUGAAUGUAGUUCCACCUACAGUUGAGGAAUAUAACGAGGUUACAAAUAUUUCCGUGACGGGUCUGUUCAUCUCGGAUUUAAAAAAUAUCAGACGUCCAUUUACCAAUUAGUGAUAAAAUGAUUCCUCCACUGUAAAUUGUUAGAAUAAUGUGAAUAUGUUUAGUUCUAGAUGGUGUUCGAGGAGACAUUGUGACAAUAUAUUUUAUUUUUCACAAAUUUGAAUAAGUUUUUCACGGUAAUGAUCCCGUAACUUUUAUAACUUACGUAUAAUAUAUAUUUUAUUCAACCCUAAUAGCAGCUUUGCAUAGAAAGAAUUGUUUUAAGAAGAAAUAACCGAGUUAAAUCGUUGAACUUCGGCCUAAGUCAUUUUUUUUUUAAGUUUUAAGGCGGGUUUUUGUUGCCGCAUUUCACAAGUUCAUUGAAUCAAAUCUUUAUAAUUAAUAUGUUUAGUCAACAAUGUCUUCCCGAUGGGUGUGUGUAAAUGUCUUUAGUGCAGUGGACGGUGAGCUAAGGUUAAUUGAGGUACAGAGGUUUACUGUGGUACGGUGUUGGCAUUUAGAACAAAGACGAGCGAAUGCUCGCCGGCGGCGAAACUUAGGUUAAUGUCGCAUAUUGUGUACCAACAAACUACUCAGCGAGACUUAAAAAAGACCUUUAUUACCCCCCCCCCCACUUUUAUCCCCCUCCGCUCUCCCCAAACCCCGUUUUCCUAGUAUUUUUAUAAUCUCUUGUAAGUGGAGUUUUGUAUUGUCUCGUUUCUUUACAAUUAAACCGCCCGCUGUCCCUCAUCGCCCCUCUUAGUUCUAAGUAGGUUAAAUAUUGUGACGAUUGGAAUCCCAUGAGUAAUUCACGAAUUGAGUUUUGUUUAGUUGUAAGUUUUUUUUACGUACGAUUCAGUAUUUGCAGCGCUCCAACGACUGCUUCGAACCCAAAUUCAAUGUAAAUGCAUUUUUAUUAGUUUAGUCGUUUUGUCAUUCGGGGACUGAGAGACAGCGAACGGGGUACCUUUAGAAUAGCGGGUAGCAUACUGGCGUAGUACAAAUGGACGUGUGAAUGUGUGAUGCGGUGUAGUGCGUACGUGCACGCUAUCUCAAGAUCGCUUGUCGUUUGACAAAUGCGCGGUGUAUUUUUGGAUGGACGCGUGUGGCCAUUUAAUUGACGUUUCGUGUGAAACGGUUAAAUGUCCACAGCCCUGUGUGCAUUGGUCGUAUGCAACCUCUGAUUGUAUGGUUGUGAUCUUAUCGGAAACGAUUCGUGUAGUUUGUCAGAAAACUAGUCAUCGAUGGAGGUUGACAAUGUUGCUCAGGGAUAAUGGAUCUGGAGAGACUUGUACUGCCCGUAUCUUACUGUAUCUAUUGAUUAGAUAGAUAGUCUUUUUUUAGUGAUAUCUGAAUUGUGCUCUGCGCCCGAGUGCAAUCUGUCAAUCUCUUGCGUCGUUGUACAGCGUUAGUUGACAUCGGAAUAACGUUAUAUUUACUUUUUACAAUCAAAAAUUGGACCACUUCAUAGUUGAUACUACGCUUAUUUUUUGUCCUCACCAUCGGAAUUAUAUAAUUUUUAAAUAUUUUUUAUUAAUCAUAUAUUUAUAUCAAACGAUAGGUGCUGUUGUAUUUAAUUUUAAUAUUACACACGAUUGUGAUAAGGCGACUCUCUCGAUUGUUAACGAUGAGCCAAAUCAUGUAAAGGGUAUAUUUGUACAAUUUUACAACCGGCGCUGUAUAAUUUUUUUUAAGUACACAUAGAUAAAGUCAUAUCAUGAUUAUUCUGCGAUUUUUCUAAAUUACUCUAGAUUGUUUACGACUUAUGUCCGUUUUUGAGAUUGUUCUACGUGAAUGCACAAAGUAAGGUUUAGUCUAGUUACAUGUUGCGAUGUUAUUUUAUAUGUCGUAGGAUAAUUUCUGAAACGGCUUUUUUUGCCUUUGCGCGCUUCGCGUGGCUGAGUACACAAUUUUUACGUUUCGUGUUUAAAUUAUUUCGGGUAAUUAGUAUUGCAUUUAUUCGUUGACAGAUAUUUUAUAGCGUAAGCUGAUAUGAAGGCCUUAACUGCUUCACUGUACCUGUUGAUGAGAUUUGGCUAAUUGUGUCAAUUUAUGACGUCAUGAUUGCAAUUGGGGUUAUUUUGAGGCUAUUUUUUGUAAAUUCUGAACAUAAAAUAUAUAUUCAAAGUGAUAUCGAAAAAAUUUUAGUGAAAUAGUGUAGUUUUGUUGGUUUUUAAUUCUUUGAACAUUUUUUAAACAUUUAAUUGAUUGAUUAGGAAAUUAUUAAUACGUUGCUACUGAUUUGUGAUAUUUAUCUUGAAAGGCAAUUCUCAAUUUUUAAAACUGACAGCUGUCAAAUGGAUAUUAUGAAUAUCAGAAACAUUACAAUAAAAUUCUAUUGAAACAUGUACCGUAUGUGAGCUAAUUGUAUCUAAUAAUCGAAAUGUACACUGUCAGAGUUAAAAUAUAUAGUACCAAAAACUUAUAGUAUUAUGGUUUUAAUUUACUUCGAGUUUCAUGGGACUGAUUUUUUGGUCACCUUUAUUGCGUCGUGCUUGGACUUUACAAUACACGGAAAAUGUUAAUCACUCCUACUCUGAAGCAAAUGAAAAUCCGCAUUAAAUAAGCUUUUGGAACUACGGCUCGUAACACUAAACGCUUGAUAGAAACCAACAGACGCGCUGAACGCGAUGCAAAACGAGAGCUUUAUAAAUCUAAUUUGUAGUAAGACGUGAUCUCUUUAUUUUAAUAGAAUUUUGAUGGACAAUUUUACUUAAUAGAUCUAGCCGUGUAGCGAAAUAGGAUUGUAUCGCACAUUUUAUUAUACUCUAUAGUUUCGAACUGAUGCCCUCCAAGAAAUUUUGACAUGCAUCAUUAAAGCCCUCGAGCCCCUAUAGUGCUGUUCCGAUUGGAAGAAUACCUUUGUGUACAUAAUUGUAUAAUUUUUUUAUGUAAAUAUUUUUUUGUAUGAAAUUCCGUUGCCCCGUAACUGGGUUUUAAUGAUGCGAUCUAUUCGAUACCGCAAGGAGCCUUCAAGUCUGUGUAUUUAUUUUGUAAAUAUGUGAUUUCGAUUACAAUUAAUGCUAGACAACGAGCGUUUUAUGACAGCCGUUCGGACUUCUGCGCACACUGGCAGUUUUGUUAGGACUGACUUGGCUACGGCGUCUAAACUGUGUCUGACUACCCUCCUAUUUAGGUAAUAGAGAUUUAUUUUGUAAAAUGUAUAAUAAUUUGUGUAAACUGCUUUAUAUUUGACUGUAUUGUAAAUUUGGAUAAUUUGUGUCAGAUGUCUGUUUAUUCAUUGUAGCCAUCAAUUUUGCGAUGCAUUGGCGUUAAACACGUUUAGCACUCACGUCUAUACAGAAGUUAAUGCAUAGGAAAACAACUAGAUGGCGCUAUAUUUAAUAUCAGUAUUUUAAUAUGCAAUUGUAAAAUCUCUUGAACAAAUAUGAAUGGAAGUGCAAUUCGUAAUAUUUAUCGUUAUCAGUAUCUCCUUAUGCUGAUUUAAGUAUAGAGCCACCAUACACAGCCUGCGUUUGUUCUAGGUAAUAAGCCUUGCUCUAGCCUCUAAUACGAAGGAUCAGACAUUCCACAGGCCCUAUCGAAUUAGCUCAAUGCAAAAGACUGUAUGAGACUUUAAAAGAGAAAUAUCAUGAAUAAAAAAAAUAUUUUCUGAAGCACCUUAACGACUUUACAAAACGUGUUUUAUGGUGAUUUAAUGAUAAGAUCGCAAUGUUUAACUCACUAGUAUGUAAGGACAAAUGCUUUACGCCACUGUGAUAGACAAUACAAUUAUACCUGAGAGAAAACACCAUAGGCAUUUAUGUGAAAUUUAUUAUUGUCUUAUGAAAUGGAAUGUAAUGUACCUACUCUCAGUUGUGAUGCUGACGGUACUCUACUUUGAGUUCAAACAUUUUGCAAUAAUAGCAACAAUCUGACAUGUUCUAUUAUACAAUUUCUAUUUGAUGCCUAUUUUAUAGUUAACCACUUCAUACUACAAAUUUCUUACGAGUACAUGUUAGAGUUAAGGUCAUCAUUUUCCAUUUACGUCUUACGUUAUAUAUUUUAACAACACUAUUGCAAAUGUUAUUCACAAUGUUUUUAAUUCUCUCCAUAGUUUUGUACUUUUUAUAUUAAUUUCUCAAUAUUUUCGUUGUCGUUCGCGUGAAAAGCCCAAACUAGAGUACCCUCAGUAAUAAUUAAAAGUACAAAGCGUAUGUGCAGAAGUUUCGCGGCUCGACUGUUCGAGUGUUCGCGGUGUGGGGAUGUGUGCGUGCGCGCAUGAGUGUGUGUAUGUGUGCGGCCGCGCGGCCCGCGUCUCGCUGUUCUGUUUGUUGACACAUUAUGUAUAUUUGAAUGAAUCAAAUUAUAAGAGAAUAUGAAUUUU